AGAGUCACAAGAUAUUAUAUGAGUGGGAAGGGUGAUCUCUAUCUACAGAAGCUUAUUACAUUCGAGUUGUAACAAAACUAUGAUUAAUCGUCAGAUACUAAGACUGUCAUGUUAAUUUAAAAGUGUGGCUAUAAACAAAAUAUGCAUAUCAAUGAAUUAUUACUUUAACUAAACGCAAUUUAAAUGAGAUGCAAUCAAAAUGGUUACCCUUUCAAAACUUCCACGUCUGGAUCAUCGAGAGCUUGAUAUCUAACCGGUGCGGAAGUAUCAGUUACCAUUGAAAUAUAAUCCUUUUUACAGAUUUUGGUCUUUUAAACUAUGGACGACAUAAAGGCUAUUGUAGGCGAUGUCAUCGAUCAAAAUUCUGCAGAAUUGAACAGAAUAAGUCAAUCAAUAUGGAAUAACCCGGAACUUGCGUUCAACGAGUUCCAUGCUCACUCAGAGCUCACUGACUUUCUGGAGGUCUUAGGGUUUACAGUAGAGAAAUCAUUCAAUCUGCCAACAGCCUUUAGAGCAACAUAUAAAACAGAUAAUGCGGUAUCAGGACCUAACAUUGCCAUCUUGUGUGAAUAUGAUGCCCUGCCUGGCAUCGGUCAUGCCUGUGGUCACAAUUUGAUUGCUGAGGUUGGUGUGGCAGCAGGGUUGGCUGUAAAGGAAGCCAUGAUUGCAGCACAGGAAGAGAAUCUCACUGGAACUCUCACAGUUCUUGGCUGUCCAGCAGAGGAGGGUCUAUGUGGCAAAUCUGACUUGCUACGCCUUGGGGCAUUUGAAGGUGUUGAUGUUGCCCUGAUGGCCCAUCCAUCACAGUUCAACCUCUCCAGGCCCAGAUAUGUGUCAAUGACACCAUUGUCAAUCAAGUAUCAUGGCAAGGCCUCCCAUGCAUCUUCGCACCCCUGGGAUGGUUUCAAUGCGCUGGAUGCUGCUGUACAAUGUUACACCAACAUCUCACACGCCCGACAACAGAUGAGACCCGAUUGGAGAGUGCAUGGUGUCAUAAAAAAUGGUGGUCUGCAGCCUAACAUCAUCCCUGAUGAGACAGAACUGGAAUAUUACCUGCGUACCCCGACUGACCCGGAGAUGGUUACACUCAGAGAGAAGGUCACCGGGUGUAUUGAGGGUGCCGCACUGGCCACAGGAUGCACUGUUGAUUACAAGUUCAGUGAGAAAUCCUACUCCAACCUUAUAUCCAACAACACACUAGCGGAAAUCUAUGAAAGGAACAGUGCAGAGGUUGGGGUGGUGAUCGAAACAGAUGAGGAGAGAAAGAGAAAGUUUGGGGGCUCGACAGACAUGGGCAACGUUUCACAUGUUAUUCCCAGUCUUCACCCAAAGUUCCACAUUGGGUCGUUUGUUAGUAAUCACUCAAAGGACUUUACCGCUGUGGCUGGUGAUAGCAAGGCACAGAAAUACACCCUCGAUGUGGCAAAAGCUCUAGCCCUGACCGCCUUGGAUAUCUACAGAGAUAAAAGUCUACUUGAAAAAAUCAAAAUGGACUUUGAAGCUGAUAUAAGCAAACAGAAGCAAACUAUGAUGUAACAUAAUUUAAUGAGAUGAAAUCAAAUGGUAUUUGAUCAGGGGAUAUUAAGCAGAUUUAUUAUUUUUGUUUUUAUUUUACUGGAUUUUGUGUUAAGUCAUUAUAUUAAAUGUUAUGUAUUUGAAGCUAAAUUCUAUGAGCUCAGGAUUGUUGCAUCAUGGAAAUACUUGUGAUUUUAUUUAUAGUCAUAGAUUUUUGUGAAACUCUCUCAUUAUGAUAUUGAAUUGUGUUGUUUAAAUUAGUCCCUAAGAUAGUGGCUAUAAAGGGCAAUAUUUUCUAAAGAGCUAAUAUUAUGAAAUGAACUGUUUGUAGAAUGUAGAAAAAAACAUUGACGACUCAACCACAAAGGAUUUGAUUAAAUCAAAAAGUAAAUGUGAAGAAAUCAUUGAAAGUCGAGCAAAACUGUAGUAAAUGAAGUUUAGCCCAUUGAACAUGUCUUCACACAAAAAAAGAUAUGAAAAUCAAAUUAAUUAUUAAAAGACAGCCUACAAUGGUUUCACUUUUUAUCCAGAAUUCAUAUUUCAGACUGUUAUUUGUUGCUCACUCACUUUAAAUGAUUUCACACUUGGCUUUUAAUCUCAAAGAUUUCAAGCUGUUUACAUGAAAUUAAGUGCACAUGUUGCCAAUGACAAGUCUAUUUGUAUGAGUAGAAGGCCCAUAUUUCUGGGCUUAUAUAUGUCAAGUUAUUCCCUUUGACCUACUGUAAAGAAAUGAUCAAGCAUUGGCAUGUAUCUCCUGUUGCAAAAUUGAAAAUAUUGCUACAAAAUAUUUUCAUUUCAAUAUUUUAAGUGUUUUUCAGGCCUGUGCUUGGAGAUUACAAUUAAAAAAAUGUUAAAGAAGAAUAAACAAAUUAUUACCCAGGUGCUAUAUUUCAAAGAAUUACUAACCAGAGCUAAAUAUCAUUAAGGAACCUUUAUUUCCCCUAACACAGAGCCACUCUGAGACCCACAAUGGAAAUACCAUGGCCGGUGUUUGUAUUCAAAUAUAUAUAUAUUAGUCAGAUUUUUUCUUAUUUAAAAUUCAUUUUCAAUCAUAUAUUAAUGUUUAAAUGUAUUGGCUGUGUAAUAUCGUAAAGUUGUUUAUGCUUAUGCCUGUGCCCUUUUAUAAACAUAAUGUCCAAUCCUCAAGAUAAACCACUUGCCCAAAGCUCGGGACAAACAAAAUUGCAUAAGGGCAAAUCAGCUUGUCUGAUUGUGCAAGUUAAAAGAUUUAGUGCAGACAGGAAAAAAUAAUCAGAAUAAAGACAAUAAGACAAUAAGAAUGGUACAAAUAAAGGCUUUGUGCCAAUAUCAAAGCACAUUUUAUACUAGCAUUAUAGCAAAUUGUUGUUGCCAACCUCAUUGAAUAUUGGACAUCUUUUAUCAUGGGAAAAAAACAACAAAAUACAAAUAUAGUAAACAGAUCUUGUCUUCCAAGACAUUGGAAAAAAUCCAAUCAUGUUAACAAUGUGUUUUGGCAAGUGAAAGUGGCUUUGGGCAAGUGAAAGUGGCUUUGGGCAAGUGAAAGUGGCUUUGGGCAAGUGAAAGUGGCUUUGGGCAAAUUCAUUUCGACACCUUCCUGCCCGAAUUGGCAACACAAAUAAAAAUAGCAUUGUGAAUACUUUAAUAUGUCCUUUUUAUACAUUCAAGAUUAUUACCGGUAACAUUUGAAAGUUUGCACUCUUAAAUGUGAAUAUUGUAUUUGGAUGUAAUAUCUGGUACUUACCAGUAAUUUGAUUUUUAUACAGAAUACUUUAAUUUAUUCAGAUUGCAUAUUACAAUAGUAUCUCAAAUGUUUGUAUUAAUCAUUAGCUACAUGUACAAAACUAUUUACAUUUAUUGUAAAAAGUGAACAUAACAUAAUAGAGAUUUUAAUAACAGUUGUAACAGUUGUAAUUAAAUCAUCACAGAAAUAUUCUUUUAUAUCUAUUUAGAAUCUCACCGGAUGUAUUUUAGUUGAUAUUACUUUAAAGAAGACUUUUCUUACUUGUUUACAGAUUUAAAUGCAAUUUAAAUAAAUCUUAGAUUACAUACUGUUGUGUUGUUUAAGAGUGCUGUCCAAAAUAGUCCUGAAAUGAAAUGUUUCCUAACCAAUGUUGAACUUGAGGUAAUGUUAACUUUUUAAAUGCUAUUUUUGUAAGACCAGUUAUGUGAAAUAAAUUUGGAUGAUAAAAUGAAAAGUUAAAGUAUGGGAUUUGAUGUGAUGCAGAUUGUGAGAAGCCACUUAAAUAUAGCACUUUUAUUUUG